AUGGCAAGUGUUGGUGAAAAUCGUUAUGGAAAAGAAGGUGUUCGUCUCGUACGAGUACGUCGUUCACCACAUAAUGGUAAUACAUUCGAUGAAUGGACAGUACGUGUCCUUCUCGAAGGUGAUUUUAUUACAAGUUAUACUGAAGGUGAUAAUUCAAAAGUAUUACCAACAGAUACAAUAAAAAAUACCGUUUAUUAUAUAGCCCAACGUACACGUACAACAUCAAUAGAAGAUUAUGCAAAAGAACUUGUAAAUUAUUUACUUGAACAUCAUUCACAAAUAUCAAAUGUACAAGUUAAAAUCGAACGUAAAGCAUGGUCAAAUAUAAUUAAAUCAAAUAAGACUCGUCAUUUAACAGCAUUUACAGAAACAAGUAAUGAAGUUCAAACAACAAGUGUUAGCCGUUCAAGACAUGGUGCAUUUUCAAUUCUAUCUGGUCUUAAAGAUUUAAAAGUAAUGAAAACAGCUAAUUCAAAUUUUACAAAUUUUUAUAAAGAUUCAUUAACAACAUUGGCUGAAGCUACUGAUCGUCUUAUGGGUACAUCUAUACAAGCUAAAUGGACAUAUGAAGAUGCAUCAUCAAGUAUUGAUUUUGAUAAAACACGUGAACAAAUUCGUGGAUUAAUGCUUGAUAUGUUUGCUGAACAUCAUUCUGAAAGUGUUCAACAUACAUUACAUGCUAUUGGUCAACAUAUUUUUGCUCAUGUACAAUCAAUUCAUAAAAUACAUUUAACAAUGCCAAAUAUUCAUUGUAUACCAGUUGAUUUAACUCGUUUUGGUGAACAAAAUAAAAAUGAAAUAUUUAUGCCUAUUGAUGAUCCUCAUGGUUAUAUACAAUGUGCAAUGAAUAGAUCAUCAUCAUCAUCAAAAGGAAAUCUUAAAUCAAAACUCUAA